AUGGCGAAGAAACCUGCAGCCCAGUCUCCCGCCACGAAAACACCUGCUCCUGUUGCCGCCUCCAAACCUCCUACCCCAGCAACACAGAGCAUCAAACCCUCGGGAUCGAGUACAGCACCUCCCAUUAAACCUGUACAGUCAAACACAUUGUCUCCCCGUUCGUCACCACACGAAAUUAUCGUCCAUGUCUGGAACAAAUACCUCCAAGAUACCCCUUCCCGGACGAUGCUGCUGGAUGUCUUCAUGGCCUGGCUAGUGGUGGUGGGCGGCCUGCAGUUCCUCUACUGUGUGCUGGCUGGCAAUUACCCCUUCAAUGCCUUCCUCUCCGGCUUCUCUGCUGCCGUGGGUCAAUUUGUUCUGACCGCUUCGUUGCGCAUGCAAACCUCCGAAAGACCACCAGCAGGCGCGUCUCCGGUAGCCAAAAAGUCGACGGCCAAGACCAUUGAUGGUGUGACGGGGGAGCUGGUCGAGACCACGAAGAUCAGUUCUGAAAGAGCAUUUGCAGACUUUGUCUUCGGGAGUUUGAUAUUGCAUGGGUUUUGUGUGAACUUCAUCAAUUGA